AUUUUUUUGUUCUGAGGGGGCUGCAGUCCGGCAGUCCAAUAGCACGGACAGCCCCUGCUUUCGAUCCAUGAUAAUGGGGUGUAUUUGCAGGACCUCAUCAGAACUAAUUUUCUAAGUAACCGCUGACCCCGUUGCCUAGCAAACACGAUCAACAAACUGUUUUCACGACAGCUUUUAAGAAUAACGUGUGCAUCGCAAACUGGCAUUUAGUUUUGCUCUGAAGUACCCGACAGCUCCUACGUAAGAGCUCCACCAAAAGUUAGCUCGAUUACUUGGCAGCGUUAGCCACCAUGAGCAGCCAUCAACGGCUUUCUAGGCAGUCUUUGAGCGAGAAAGUACAGGGCUCAGCAGAUGUGGGUGCGCUGAAUGGAUGGGUCAUAAACGACGUGGAUGGGAUUAAAAAUGCCGCUAGAGGUCUUUGGGAACAGGAGCUCCAAAAGAACAUGGGAAGUGCUACCACUUACCAGGGCCAACACAGCAGUAAAAUACUAGAUGAGCCAUCACGGAGCCGAGUCCGACCAUCGUCUCCCACUAGGAAGAACAAGCCGCAUCCUCUAGAGGUAUUUUUGGUAAACCGGCUUCAUAACAUACCAGGAUAUUACAAUUCACCUGGGAAAAAUGAUUUACAUGAAACAGAAGAAAAACAUGAAUGCUUGAAAAUGCAUGAACGACCAGGGAAGCCUGGGUAUUUAAAUGCGGACAGAAAUCAAGAGAUCUUACAAAGGUUAUUCACUGACCCAAGUUCUGCACAAGCUGCAGAAGCCUGGAUGAGACUUGCCAGUAGCAGUGACCGCAGAGCUGUUGAAGACAUGAUCCAGACUGCUGUGUGCGCUCCAAAGACCAGGAGUAAAGGACCUGCAGAAAACCGGACAUAUGUUGCAGAAGGAGUGGCUCAGUGUGUGAAGACUGACUAUGUGGCUGGAGUGACAGACUGGAUAAAUAAAGCAACAAAAGAAGAAACAGUUGCAGUUGAAAAGUUAUUUAGGACUCUUUCCACAAAUCCCAACAAACCACUUCAUUCAAGUGUUACUGGAAGCUCUGCACAGCAAAGAGGGUUGAAGUAUUGUGCAAUGGACUUCCAGAUUCAUCCAGAAUGGAUUUCCAAGCCAUGGCACAUUCAUUACAGAAGAUCUCACACUUGACAGCAGUUUGCUUUGCAGUGUACAGCGAUGUACAGUGCACUAUUACCUCAUGUUCUUUGUAGGUACUGUACAGAAUUAUGCUGUAUUUUGUAUCUGAAAUGUACCAUUUAUCAGAAAAGUUUCUCUAUUGCCUUUUCUCAAAGGAUUAUUAUCUGGCCUACUUCUACUUAACUAUGGCAAUAGAUAAUAAAAUAACCAAUAUUCUAUACAAAA